AUGAAUGGUGGUCUUCUUCCUCGCAGCCCUAGCAGCCCAGCUCUUCUUCCUCCUUUGGCGCCGGUGAAAGUCUCAGUCUCAGACCCGGAUCAGGCACCACGAAAACCCGCCUCCUCUGGCGCCGGCGGAAGUCUCAGUCUCAGCUCUUCUUCCUCCUCUGUAGUGUUUGAGACACAUACAUGGGAUUCGGGGUCGUUCAUUGUUCACGAUCUAGGAGGAGGAGGAGAGAAGGGGUCUAGACUCCGCAGAGACGACGACGCAUUCGUCGUGCGCGGAGAAAAAGGAAUAUCACAAAUUCUAUACCGUUGA